AUUUGAUUGCUCCACAGUAUUGGCAGGGAAGCUUAAAGCUUCAGGUCUCUACUGAGAGUAGUUUCUAUUGCCGUUGCAUCCUUCUCUCCAGUGUUUCAGCAAUCUUACUUUACUCUGCUUUGGUUUAUCCAAUUGCAGCCUGCUUUCUGCCUUUGAAAAUUAGUUAAAAUCUGUCAGUGCUGGUCUGGUGAUGGCAGUUUUUUUUUUUCUUAGAGUCAUUUCUGUGGGUUAUGGGAGGGAGCUACUAUUUUGAAACAGAUGUUACCUUUAAAAUGAUUUAAGCAUGAAAGUGGAAUGAAAUUUAACUUAAAACGUUAAAAAAUUGUUUUAUUCACUUAAAUUUAUAUAUGGUAAAAUUCAUUCUUUUUGGGGUGCAGCCCUAUAGUUUUCUAGUUUCUGUGAGCAUGUAGUUGUGUAACUACUUUUCUUAUAAGGUUAAACAUAAAUUUAACAUGUGAUGCAGAAAUUCCAUUCUGAGGUAUUUGCCCAAAAGACUUGCAUUUUGAAAAAAUCGUCCUGGGUGCAUUACAGAGAAUGGAUUAGAGGAGGAGUCAGUUACAUAGGCUUAAAUUAAGGUGGCAGUGUGAUUGGAAAGAAAAGGUGAUUUCCUUCAUUUGGUUAUUUAACAAAUAUUAAUUGAAUCCAGUAUUGGGCCUGGUUAUACAGUGGUGAGUAGAAUAGGUACAAACUUUUCCCAUACAGAGAACUUCAGUCUAGUGGGUGAACAGACCUUCAACAAGUAUCUUAUUAAAAUUUAUCAGUGUCCAAGAGAACAGGAUGCUAUGUGAAAAAAAUUACUGGUUUGAGAUGAUAAGAUGGUGGGAACUUCAUUUUUGUUUGCUGGGGAAUAGAAACAUUCCAAGGACAAGAAGAGUUGUUUGACUUACAGAUAAACAUGGGAACUUUUAAUGUUAACUUUUUUUUUAGCUCAAGAAAAUCGUUUUCUUUGUUCGCAGGAGUACUCAUAUCUGUUUGUCAUGCAUUCCAGUGUCCCACAGCCCCUUUCUUAAUUGACUGCCUCCUAAACCCAGUUUCUUUUUGGAGUCUGAAAACAAUCAAUCACCUAAGUGAACUAUCUCUUCAGGUCAUUGUUGAAAAUAUAUUAAACAUGAGCUAUCUCAGCUCCCUGUUCUAAAUGUUAAGAUAUUUUAUAUUAGCAGAUGGAGAGAAUAUCCAUAGGUAUAUUCUGUUGUGUUCUAGUGAAUUUUUGUUCCUUCUUUUUAAUAAUGUCUUGAGACCUUUCCUUUUAGUUAUUUGGUUCACUUGCUUUUAACUUCUUUUGAUACUUCAGUGGAAAACCAUUCUCUUUUGCAUCCAUGCAAAUGACCUUUUAAUACUCGAGUAAUGGAGGAGUGGUCUCAUAAUAUUUUGUUCGUUAAUUUUGACAGGUUAUUUCUUUUUUUUCUUGAGUGUAAACACUCACUUCUAUUGGGAUAUUUGUUCCACUUGUAUCCUCUUCUUGCAUAUCCAGAGAACUUACAUUGCUUUAUUUUCCAUACUAGUCUCCACACUUCACCGGGACUUUAAAAAAUGGUAACUAUACCUCCAUGCCAAGUGUGACUUGUUUUGCCUUGUGAAUUGCCAUAAUAAACCUUAAAAUCCUGCAGGUGGGCCAUGCAGCAGAACUGGUAUCUGAAGUGGAUCAUCUCUAUCAGCCGGUUGCUACCAUCUAUGAAAUUCAGAAAACUCUGCUUCCCUUGGCCCUGGCAAUCUACAGAAUCUGAAUUUUCCACUUCUUAUCAGACACCUGCACAACCCCAGGAGUCUGGCCAGAGGGACAUGUUUGAUAAGCUGAACCGUGAUGCCUUUCAUAUAGUUUCUUAUUUUUUGUUUGAAACAUUGGACCAGCCUCUCACCAAAGAAGUUUUCAAACUUUGUUGGCCUCCAUUUGACCAAAGAAGUGAUACCGAAUUCCGGAAACAUUGCUGUGAAUGGUUAAAAAAGAUUUCUGCUGAAUGUGGGAGUAACUUUCCUCAAGUUGUUGGUUCACUAUUUCUUUCUCCUGGGGGUCCUAAGUUUAUUCAUCUGAUGUAUCAUUUUGCAAAAUUCGUUGCGAUAAAAUACAUAAAAACCCAAUCUAAAAAUUCUUCUGUACAUUUUACAGAGAUAUUUAAUAUAAAGCCACAAGAUUUGAAUAAGUGCACUGCCAGAUCCCAUAUAGCACGUAAUAGAUUUUUACAAAUUUUGCAAAGAGAAGAUUGUGUUAUCCGAAAAUAUCAGGAAAAUGCACAAUUGUCAGUUAAACAAGUACGAAAUUUGAGGUCAGAAUGUGUGGAACUGCAAAACCAAGUAAAAAAAAUGGAGCCUUGUGAUGACCAAACUAAUACAGAAGAGAAAAUUCAAAAGGUUCGGUCUUUGUGGGCUUCAGUGAAUGAAAUGCUCAUCUUUGUGGAAAAAGAGAGAGAAAUUGUUAGUUCCAUUCUUAAUCUUGUUGACCAGUAUACAUUAGAUGGAACUAAUGUUUCUAUUAACAUACCAAGGCUCUUACUUGAAAAAAUUGAGAAACAAAGGUAUCAGUUGCACAUAGGUAAUGUUUAUGAGGCUGGAAAAUUGAACCUCUUAACAGUUAUUCAGUUAUUAAAUGAAGUCUUGAAAGUAAUGAAAUAUGAACGUUGUCAGGCUGACCAAGCAGAACUGACAAUAGACCUUCACUUCCUUGAAAAAGAGACCAAAUUUCAAAGAGAAAGAUUAUCAGAUCUGAAGCAUAUGAGGUAUAAAAUAAAAGAAGAUCUUAUGACUAUAAGACAUUCUAUUGUAGAGAAACAAGGAGAGUGGGAUAAAAAGUGGAAAGAAUGUCUUGGUCUGUCUCCCUUCAGUCUCAUUAAAGGUUGGACUCCAGCUGUGGAUCUUUUACCACCUAUGUCUCCCCUCUCGUUUGAUCCUGCUUCAGAAGAAGUAUAUGCAAGGAGUAUUCUUUUGCAGUAUCCUGCUUCAUUUCCAGAUACACCUAAGCAGCGUAACCAAGAAAAUGAUUGCAGAAGAGCCAGUGAUACACUGGGAACUGUAUAUUACCCAGCCAGCAGCCCUGCCUCUUUCCUGUUGCAACCAGUUUCACUGUCAUCAGAUAGAAACAGUGUUACACUAUUUGAAAAGGACGUGAAGAUGAGAACUCCUAGAGAGAAAAAUGAAACAAUUUCUAAGAAAACAGCAGAAUUUGAAGUAGAAGACUCUGUAUCAUCAAAUAUUGCAAAAAAUUCAGAGAAUAGUGCAUUUGGAGGGGCUCUGCCAGCUAAAAAAAGUGAUCCAUUUCAAAAUGAACAAGAUCAUCUGGUAGAAGAGGUUGCUAGGGCAGUUUUAUCUGAUUCACCACAGCCCUCUAAAGGAGAAGUAAAAUUGGAGGAACUAAUUGACUCUCUAGCUUCUAACCCUUUCUUAACAAGGAACCGAAUUCCCCGAACUCCAGAAAACUUGAUAAGUAAAAUUAGGAGCUCAUGGAGAAAAGCUCUUCAAAUGGAAGAUAACAGAAGUAUGGAACCGAUUCAGAUGGAUACUGAAACUAGAGAAGUAUUGCCAGAAUCCUUACCUGUGUUGCCUAAUGAAAGAGAAUUUAGUGUGACCAGUUUUCUCUUAGCAACCAGUGUGUCUGAUUCUAGCCAUUCUCAUUUGCCUGAAGAGAAAGUUAUUUCAGAUCGCCUCAAGUGUGUGCCCCAGAAGCAUAUGGUGACCAGUCACAUAGAUGAAACAACAACACAGAAUCAGUCAGAUUUGUUAAAUAAGAAAAUAGCGUGCAAGCAAAAUUUGGGGAGUGCAACAUUACAGAACAAGCUUUUAGAAACUAGCCAAACAGAGACCUUCUCCCCUGCUGUAGGUGAUAGGAGAGAUGUGAUGGGAAGCUGCAAAGAGGACUAUAUUAAAAUAGCAGACCACUUGCAAUCUUCUUAUAAAGAAUCUUCCAUGCGCAAGAGUGUGUUAGGGAACUCUUUUCAAACAUCAAGUGGAAUUAGUUCCAGUUUUCAGGAUACUGAUUUUGGCAUAUUACAUGAAAAUCUUCCAGAAGAAGUUGGUCAUUUAAGUCUUAAUAGUAGUACAGAGGCCAGUUUUAAUCUGGAACCAAAUAGUCCUAUGCACAGUGACAUUUUUCCAGAAGAUGUUGUGGGAGAAAGACAGACUACUACAGUAUCAGACUUCAGUUUACAGGCUAUUUGCAGUAGAUAUGAGGCUCUGAAAAAACCUCUGUCUAAGAAAAGGGAAGAAAUUUACCUCUUUAAUUCAGAGACACUUGAGAAACAUACACCAGAAGGGAGCCCUACUUUCCGAAACCUGCAAAUAGAUAAUACACUUAACUUUUUGGACAGUUCGGAUUUGCACGUUGACUAUACAAAACCAUCUUUACGCAUGUCCCUUGGUGAAAGGAAACAGUCUCUCUCACCACUAAUUAAGUUUUCUCCAGUGGAGCAAAAAUUGAGGACCACAAUACCAUGUAGUCCUGGGGAACUUACACCUAAUUUAAAAGAAGAAGAAGUCUUGAUUAAGAGCCUUGAUGCAAAAGAAUCACUCUGACUUGAAAAGAUGAAGCAGUUUAGCUGAAUUAAUUUAACUAUGAUGCACUUAAAUUCAAGCAGUGUCACAGGAUUCAAAACUCAUAUAAUUUAAAUACACAUUGGAAGUGUAACUCUUUUUCAAGGCCUAAAAAUCUAAAAUAAUACCUUUUAACCUCCUCUAAUGUUUUUAGGUAAGGACAGAAUGUUUGGAUUUUCUCUGUAGGGCUGUGAAAUUGAAAUGUGAAGUACAAUACCGCCUUGAACAAUGAGGGGGGGUAAGGGGAACCAACCCCUGUGCAGUUGGAAAUCUGCAUGUGACUUUUGACUCCCUAGAAAGUUAACUGCCAGUAUUCUGCUGUUCACUGGAAGCCUUACUGAUAACAUAAACAGUUGAUGCACACAUAUUUUGUAUGUUAAAUAUGUUUUAUGCUAUAUUCUUAGAAUAAAGUAAGCUAGAGAAAAUAAAACAUGUUUUCAAAUUGUGACAAGUCUCCAAAAACUUUUCCAGUAUAUUUAUUGAAAAGAAUCUACAUAUAAGUGGACCUGAGCAAUUCAAACUUGUGUUGUUCAAGGGUCAACUGUGUUUGGAAAGCAAACAUCAAGUUAUGUGAAGCCAUUCUGAUUUCUUGAAUAAUCUUGUAAGCAUUAAGUAAAUGGCAAAAUGUUAUUGUAAUUUCAGUUAAUUAAUGUAAGGACAGGUGGAUUUUGAUGUUCUUUUAUUAAGUGGUUAACAUAAUAUCCAUUAGCAAUGCUGUUCUUUCAUUUUAGGGAAACAUGUAACAUGUUUCUUUAUGGAACAUUGUGGUACUAACCAAAAAAUGUGAGAAAAAUGGUUGGAUGUGUGUAGUCAGGAUAACAGAGUUUAAGUUUGGGAAAGUUCUAAACAGGCUCAAUGAUUAUUCAAGUAAGUUGAUCCUGAAAAAUGAUGUUUGGUGGAAUAAAGUGCAUGUGAUGGUAGAGUGGGGUAGAAUGAAUUUAGAAAAAAGGCAAAAGAUGAAAAAUGAUGACUAGACACUUAAAAGAACACUGUCAAACCAUAAAUCCAUUCGCUGGGUUGUGUAGCAGAUUUAUAUUUAGUCUAAUUUAGACUUUGAGAUUUAAUUUAAUUCUAGCUUUAUAUUUUACCAGAAAAAAAGUAAAUUAAAAAAUCUACUAAUCUGU